GGCAGGACACUUGAAAGAGUUCGUCAUCCGUGAUCGACCACGAGGCAAGGAGAAAAGGAGGUGCAUGGAGGAUUCAGUGGCGAGGAGUGACAGAGACGAUGACAGAGAAGACGAUGCCAAGAGGGAGAAGAGGAGGAGAGUGGAGGUGCCUACGAAGAGGGGCACAAUUUAUAUGAUUCCUGGAGGGCCCACGGAUGGAGAUUCGAACAAAUCACAAAAGGGGCAUGUGCGAGUCGUAAAGCGCAAGAGGGAGGAGGUCGAGAUAACUGGUCGAAUGCCGGUGAUUAGCUUCCGAGCAGAGAAUGCAAGGGGGGUUUUGCUACCCCACAGUGACGCGCUGGUCAUCACGGCGGAAGAAGCAGGGUUCGAUGUGAAGAGGGUGUUCUUCGACACUGGGAGCUCAGUCGACGUGAUGUUCUAUGACUGCUUCGCGCAGAUCAACAAGCAUUUGAAUUUGGAGUUGAAACCGGUAGCGACGGCCCUAUAUGGUUUUAAUGGAGGUGAGGUGAUGCCAAUGGGCGAGGUGAGUCUAACUGUGGCGUUAGGGUCGGGCGACACUAGGAAGGUAAGGAUGGUGCGGUUUGUAGUGGUUGGUGCAGAGUCAUCCUACAAUAUCAUCUUGGGGCGGACAGGUUUGAACGCGUUCCAAGCAGUUGUGUCUACAUACCACAUGACGAUUAAAUAUCCU